AUGCCUAUUUCUACAGCAACCAGUCCAUCCAGCUCUGCAUUUGAUCCCUGUUACAACUACAAUGUUCUUGAUGACAUCUGGAGAACCACAUACAGUUUCUAUGGUUAUGGCUACUAUACAUAUGGAUUCUCCAGUUACUUCAGCACUCAUGAUGACAACACUGUUGAAUGGGAUGGAUGGUAUCGGCUGUAUCUACAGGGAGAAGAUGCACAGAUUUCUGAGUGGCGUCUUGGCUCAAUGUCAUCUGGUGGAUACACUCCACUGCUGCUUGGAGGUUUACAUCCCCUUGUGGAGGAUGGCAUUGUGACCCGAGAAAUCUAUGGGACCUGUGGUGACUAUUUGUGGUGGUACUGGUGGUACUGGUAUUAUGGCUGGUACGGUUACCAAUGCAGUUUCUACACAUCCAACCCAAUCCAAGUGAAAGCCUGUCCAGGACAUUACUAUGUCUACAAAGUUGUCAAGCCAGAUGUGUCAAUUCCUCUGCCCGUAUACACUACAGUUGCAUUACCUAGACCAUCAUAUGAUCCCUGCAAAAACUAUAUCUCCCUUGACCAACCCUGGAGAGCCAAUAAUGCAACUGGGUUGAAAAUCUGUGACAGCAACUUCAACUGGAAUGGCUGGUACCGCCUGCUGUACAAUGGGAUGGACAUCCGUAUGGCAGAGAGCUGUGUUGAUGUUAACAGAUGUGGUACUUUCUACACUCUGUGGCUCAAUGGUCCUCAUCCUCAGCUAGAGGAUGGAGUGGUCACUCGCCAGGUCUGUGCAAAUGCAGGAUCUGACUGCUGCUUCUUCAAGUCCAAGCCAAUUCGUGUUAAAGCAUGCCCCGACAAUUUCUAUGUGUAUGAGAUUGUCAGUCCAAUGUUCUGCAACAUGGCUUACUGUACAGAUGUCAACACCACAUCUCCAGUUCUUGUAACCUCAUCUGGUACAGAAUCCAGUGUGACCAUUAAGUCCACUCAAGAUGACUUCACGUUUGACCCUUGCUACUACUACGAUGUCAUUGAUGACUACUGGAGGGGCACGAACACUUACAGCACUGGUCAUGAUGACACCGUUAUUGAGUGGGAUGGCUGGUAUCGGCUGUUUCUCCAGGGGAAUAGCGCUCAGAUGUCUGAGUGGUGUGUGAGCUACGUGACGUGUGGUGGCUACACUCCACUUGUACUUGGUGGUUCUCAUCCACAACUAGAGGAUGGAAUUGUGACCAGAGAAAUCUACGCCUACUCUGAUGGUCAGUGCAGCUCAGUGUCCAGGUCCCACCCCAUCCAAGUGAAAGCCUGUCCAGGAAAUUACUAUGUCUACAAACUUGUCAAGCCAGAUGUGUCUAUUCCAAUGCCUACAUACUGUGCAGUUGCUGUCAAUGAUUCAUCUUAUGACCCCUGCAAUUACUAUGUCACCCUCGACCAAUCCUGGAGAGCCAAUACUGCACCUGGCUUGGGAAUUUGUGACAUCAACUUCAACUGGAAUGGCUGGUACCGCCUGCUGUACAAUGGGAUGGACAUCCGUAUGACUGAGAGCUGUGUUGAUGUUUACAGAUGUGGUACUUUCUACACUCUGUGGCUCAAUGGUCCUCAUCCUCAGAUAGAGGAUGGAGUGGUCACCCGCCAGGUCUGUGCAAAUGCAGGAUCUGACUGCUGCUACUUCAAGUCCAACCCAAUUCGUGUUAAAGCAUGCCCAGGCAAUUUCUAUGUAUAUGAGAUUGUCAGUCCAAUAUUCUGCAACAUGGCCUACUGUACAGAUGUCAGCAGCAUCACACCUUCACCUACAUCUGAAUCCAGUGGAACUGAACUCAACACAACCAUCACACCCAGUCCAGACAGCUCUACUAUUGACCCCUGCUACAACUACAAUGUUCUUGAUGACAUCUGGAGAACCACAUACAGUUUCUAUGGUUAUGGCUACUAUACUUAUGGAUUCUCCAGUUACUUCAGCACUCACGAUGACAACACUGUUGAAUGGGAUGGAUGGUAUCGGCUGUUUCUACAGGGAGAAGAUGCACAGAUUUCUGAGUGGUGUGUUGAACCCAUGUCAUCUGGUGGCUACACCCCACUGCUGCUUGGUGGUUCACAUCCCCUUAUUAAGGAUGGAAUUGUUACAAGAGAAAUCUAUGGCUCCUUUUCUUACAAUUACUGGUGCCAGUGCAAUUACUACACGUCCAACCCAAUUCAAGUGAAAGCCUGUCCAGGACAUUACUAUGUCUACAGACUGGUCAAGCCAGAUGUUUCGAUUCCUCUGCCCGUGUACACUGCAGUGGCUUUAACCAGCCCAUCUUAUGAUCCCUGCAAUGAAUACAUCUAUCUGGACCAACCCUGGAGAGCCAAUAAUGCACCUGGCUUGGGAAUUUGUGACAGCAAUUUCAACUGGAAUGGCUGGUACCGCCUGCUGUACAAUGGGAUGGACAUCCGUAUGGCAGAGAGCUGUGUUGAUGUUUCCAGAUGUGGUACUUUCUACACUCUGUGGCUCAAUGGUCCUCAUCCUCAGCUAGAGGAUGGAGUAGUCACCCGCCAGGUCUGUGCAAAUGCAGGAUCUGACUGCUGCUACUUCAAGUCCAAUCCAAUUCGUGUUAAAGCAUGCCCAGGCAAUUUCUAUGUCUAUGAGAUUGUCAAACCAAUGUUCUGCAACAUGGCCUACUGUACAGAUGCCAGCAGCAUAACAAUUCCUGUGUCUGCAAACAUGUCCAGUGGAACAGAACUCACAACACCCAUGUCAAUCAGUUCAGUCACUGAUACCUUUGACCCUUGUCACAACUACAACGUACUUGAUGACACCUGGAGAACUACAUAUAGUUUCAAUGGUUAUGGCUACUACACCUAUGGUUACUCUGGUUACUUCAGCAGUCAUGAUGACACCACUGUUGAAUGGGAUGGAUGGUAUCGGCUGUAUCUACAGGGACAAAAUGCACAGAUUUCUGAGUGGUGUUUGGUUUCUAUAACAUCUGGUGGAUACACCCCACUGCUGCUUGGUGGUUCACAUCCCCUUAUUAAGGAUGGAAUUGUUACUCGAGAAAUCUAUGGGACCAAUAUUUACAAUUACUGGUGGUACUGGGGGUACUACUGGUGGUACGGGGGAUAUUGGUGGUAUGGAAGCCAGUGCAAUUACUACACGUCCCACUCAAUAAAAGUGAAAGCCUGUCCAGGACAUUACUAUGUCUACAGACUGGUCAAGCCACAUGUUUCCAUUCCUCUGCCCACAUACACUGCAGUGGCUUUAACCAGCCAAUCUUUUGAUCCUUGCAAUGAUUACAUCACCCUGGACCAACCCUGGAGAGCCAAUAAUGCACCUGGUUUGGGAAUUUGUGACAGCAACUUCAAUUGGAAUGGCUGGUACCGCCUGCUGUACAAUGGGAUGGACAUCCGUAUGGCAGAGAACUGUGUUGAUGUUUCCAGAUGUGGAUCUGACUGCUGCUACUUCAAGUCUACCCCAAUUCGUGUUAAAGCAUGCCCAGGCAAUUUCUAUGUCUAUGAGAUUGUCAGGCCAAUGUUCUGCAACAUGGCCUACUGUACAGAUGCAAGCACCAUCACUCCAAUUUCUGCACCUACAACCAUAUCCAAUGGAAAUAAACUCAACACAAACAUUACAACCAGUCCAGCCACCUCUACAUUUGACCCCUGCUAUAACCACAAUGUUCUUGAUGACACCUGGAGAACCACAUACAGUUACUAUGGUUAUGGUUACUAUGCUUACGGUUCCUCUGGUUACUACAGCAGUCAUGAUGACACCACUGUUGAAUGGAAUGGAUGGUAUCGGCUGUAUCUACAGGGAAAAGAUGCACAGAUUUCUGAGUGGUGUGUGGGUUCUAUAACAUCUGGUGGAUACACCCCACUACUGCUUGGUGGUUCACAUCCCCUUAUUGAGGAUGGAAUUGUUACUCGAGAAAUCUAUGGCUCCUUUUCUUAUAAUUACUGGUGCCAGUGCAAUUACUACACGUCCAGCCCAAUACAAGUGAAAGCCUGUCCAGGACAUUACUAUGUCUACAGACUGGUCAAACCAGAUGUGUCAAUUCCUCUGCCCGUGUACACUGCAGUGGCUUUAACCAGCCCAUCUUAUGAUCCCUGCAAUGACUACGUCUCCCUGGACCAACCCUGGAGAGCCAAUAAUGCAACUGGUUUGGGAAUUUGUGACAGCAACUUCAAAUGGAAUGGCUGGUACCGCCUGCUGUACAAUGGGAUGGACAUCCGUAUGGCAGAGAACUGUGUUAAUGUUUCCAGUUGUGGUACUUUCUACCCUCUGUGGCUCAAUGGUCCUCAUCCUCAGCUGGAGGAUGGAGUGGUCACCCGCCAGGUCUGUGCAAAUGCAGGAUCUGACUGCUGCUACUUCAAGUCCACCCCAAUUCGUGUUAAAGCAUGCCCAGGCAAUUUCUAUGUCUAUGAGAUUGUCAGGCCAAUGUUCUGCAACAUGGCCUACUGUACAGAUUCCAGCACCAUAACUCCAAAUCGUGCGCCUCCAGUCAUAUCUAGUGGACGUGAACUAAACACAGCCAGGACACCCAAUCCAGCCAGCUCUACUUUUGACCCCUGUCAGAACUACAAUGUACUUGAUGACACCUGGAGAACUACAUACAGUUACUAUGGUUGUGGCUACUACACUUACGGUUACUCUGGUUACUACAGCAGUCACGAUGACAACACUGUUGAAUGGGAUGGAUGGUAUCGGCUGUAUCUACAUGGAGAAGAUGCACAGAUUUCUGAGUGGUGUGUUGACCCCAUGUCAUCUGGUGGAUACACCCCACUGCUGCUUGGUGGUUCACAUCCCCUUAUUAAGGAUGGAAUUGUUACUCGAGAAAUCUAUGGCUCCUUUUCUUACAAUUACUGGUGGUACUGGGGAUACUACUGGUGGUACUGGGGAAAUGGGUGGUAUGGAAGCCAAUGUAAUUACUACACGUCCAACCCAAUACAAGUGAAAGCCUGUCCAGGACAUUACUAUGUCUACAAUCUUGUCAAGCCAGAUUUGUCAAUUCCUCUGCCAACAUACACUGCAGUUGCUUUAAACAGUCUUACAUCUUAUGAUCCCUGCAACAACUACGUCUCCCUGGACCAACCCUGGAGAGCCAAUAAUGCACCUGGUUUGGGAAUUUGUGACAGCAACUUCAACUGGAAUGGCUGGUACCGUCUGCUAUACAAUGGGUUGGAUAUCCGUAUUGCAGAGAGCUGUGUUGAUGUUAACAGAUGUGGUACUUACUACACUCUGUGGCUCAAUGGUCCUCAUCCUCAGCCAGAGGAUGGAGUGGUCACUCGCCAAGUCUGUGCAAAUGCAGGAUCUGACUGCUGCCUCUUCAAGUCCAACCCAAUUCGUGUUAAAGCAUGUCCAGGCAACUACUAUGUGUAUGAGAUUGUCAGGCCAAUCUUCUGCAACAUGGCUUACUGUACAGAUGUCAACACCACAUCUGCAGUUGUUGAACACUCAAGUGAUGCAGAAUCUAAAAUGGCCCUGACAUCUACUCAUGAAGACUUCACGUUUGACCCUUGUAACUACCAUGAUGUUGUUGAUGAUUACUGGAGGAACACAAUGGAACUAUAUAAUUUCUACACUGGCCAUGAUGACACUCUUGUUGAAUGGAAUGGCUGGUAUCGGCUGUUUCUCCAGGGGAAUAGUGCUCAGCUGUCUGAGUGGUGUGUGAGCUACAUGAGAUGUGGUGGCUACACUCCGCUUGUACUUGGUGGUUCUCAUCCACGACCAGAGGAUGGAAUUGUGACCAGAGAAAUCUAUGCCUACUCUGAUGGCCAGUGCAGCUCAGUGUCCAGGUCCCACCCAAUCCAAGUGAAAGCCUGUCCAGGGCAUUACUAUGUCUACAAACUUGUCAAGCCAGAUGUGUCGAUUCCAAUGCCUACAUACUGUGCAGUGAACUUUACUUACCCAAGCACUGACCCCUGUUAUAACUACAAUGUGUUGGAGGAGUCUUGGAGAGCCACAGACAAUGCAGAGCACAACUACUACAACUCCUGGUGGUGGUGGUGGACAUGGUGUGACAGAUACACCAGCUGGAAUGGCUGGUACCGGCUCUUCUACCAGGGAAAUAAUGUUGAGAUGCCAGAUUCAUGCGUUAGCCCGGGCAUGUGCGGCACUGAUAUCCCUCUCUGGCUCAACGGUUCCCUCCCACAACUGGAGGACGGAGUAGUUAUACGACAAGCGUGUGGGAGCUCAUACAGUGAUUGCUGUUAUUACAAAUCCUUUCCCAUCCAAGUGAAAGCUUGUCCAGGAAAUUACUACGUAUAUGAGCUUAUGGAGGUCAACCAAUAUGUUGACACCAUUUCACCAGUUACCGAUCCAAAACCAAACAAAACUGUAGACCCAACCACAUUGAUCAUCACUGCAACUACUGUGACUGUUACAAACCCAACCAUUGACCCCUGUAUGCAAUAUAAUGAGCUGAGCGACUCCUGGAGAGCAACAAACAACCCAAACCUUUAUAAUGCUACCUUUCCAUGGGGGCAGAAUGCAUGGUGUGACACCUUUAUCAACUGGAAUGGCUGGUAUCGGCUUUUCUACUUGGGAAAAAAUGUCCAGAUGCCAGAUUCAUGUGUUACUGAGGGCAUGUGUGGCACAUAUAUCCCUCUUUGGCUCAAUGGUCCUCAUCCACAACUGGAAGAUGGUGUGGUCACACGGCAAGUGUGUGGGAGCUGGAACAAUGACUGCUGUUAUUACAAAUCCUCCCCCAUCCAAGUGAAAGCUUGUCCAGGGGGUUAUUACAUAUACGAGCUUGUCAGUCCGACCAACUGUUUUUCAGCUUACUGUGCCUGUAUAUGAUAUACAUUAACACACACUACAGACCUACCACAGCCCACCACAGUGGUCACCACUUCCAUUAAGUCAAAAGUGGAGUCCUGUGAGGAGCUGAACUGCACUGAGGAUGAAUGGUGUGAGGAGAGAGAUGAUGUCUAUGGAUGCUUCUGUAAUCAGGAUGAACCUAGAUUAGACCCAGAGUCUUAUGAUGCUAGUGAAGUGUGUGAGGGCAGCUCUGGCACAAUAUCUCUGUCCCGCUGUCAGCUCUUUAAAUCUGGUUUCCCUGGUAACACCCUACACCUGAAUGACCCCAGCUGCAGAGGAACAGUCCAAAAUGGCAGACUGGUGUUCCACUUUGAUAAUGAUGAUCAUGUCUGUGGCACAAACCUCAUGGCCAAUGGAACUCACAUCAUAUACAAGAACUCUAUCCAGAGCACAGGCAACUCAACAAAAGGCCCCAUUAACAGACAGAAAACACUAGGACUGCAGUUCUCCUGCAUCUAUGAGCUCACUCAAACACUUACUAUGGCCACUGCAUUAAACCCUCUACAGAGCAUAGUACACAAGACCCUUCCAGGUGGUGUGGGGAUGUACCAGGUCAGAAUGAUUCCCUAUCAGGAUCCUGGUUUCUCCCACCCUUACAAUGGCAGUGCAGACAUAGAGGUCAAUCAGAGGAUCUAUGUCGCAGUGAUUGUCCAGGGGGUGGACAGCCGUCAGAUUGCUACAGUGAUUGAUUCAUGUUGGGCCACCCCUGAGAAUGAACGCAACUUUGCUGACCCUUGGCACCUCAUCAUUAAUAAGUGCCCUAAUCCGGAAGAUAACACAGUGCAAGUCCUUCAGAAUGGUAUCUUCACAACAGCCCGCUUCUCCUUCAAGAUGUUCACCUUUAACAAAUACCCCUUUAACAAGGUCUUCCUUCACUGCUCCAUUCACCUUUGCCUUCUGCAGAACAACAACUGUGCAAUGAGAAACGGAGAACGACAAAACUAA